AUGCCACAGAUACGUCCGAUUUCUCAACAGCUGGCAGAGGUUGCGAGGCGAGUGCUCAACGAGGAUGCGACCCAGGUGGAAAGUCAUCUGCAAGUGGUGAGAUCGUGGCUAGUCGAGCUCGAUCUCCAAUCCAGUCUGGUGGACGAUCAGUUUUUGGUGGCGUUUUUGCGCGGUUGCAAAUUUAGCCUGGAGAAAGUGAAGAAAAAGGUUCUGCUCUUUUAUCAGAUACGGUCCGAGCUUCCGCAGGUGAUCCAAAACCGCGACCCUUACGAUAGUGAGGUGCUAAAAAUCAUACGUAUGGGCGUGGGGAUACCGCUCCCGAAAACUGCGAAACCAACGGACCCAAAGCUGUUUCUCAUACGCGUCGGAAGCUUUCGGGUAAGCGACUGCACAUUUGCAGACAUCAUGAAGGUGGGCACAAUGAUCAACGAUAUUGUAAUGCGCGAGGACGACCAAAUGGUAAUCUGCGGGAUGGUGCUCAUAAUCGACCUGAAAGGUGUGACCGCUAGCCAUUUGAUGCACUUCGAGAUGGAUCUUCUGAGGAAGGUGGCUAUAUUGAAUCAGGACGCUUCGCCGCUGCGCAUGCAGGGCAUUCACAUCCUUUAUCCACCGUCUGGGGCACAAACUGCGUUGAACAUCUUUAACGGAUUGUUGUCGGAAAAGAAUCAGCACAAGAGAAUUUACACACAUGGGCGUGAUCUAAAGUCGUUGCAUGAACAUUUCUCGCCAGAAAUACUUCCCAAGGAGUACGGUGGAGAGCUGGAAUCGAUUGAUACCAUAGCUAAACAAUGGGAGACUAAACUCUUAGAUAACCGCAGCUACCUGCUCGAUAUGGCGCUAAUGCACUUGCAACCUUGUUCCACACCUUCUCCGGGUGGAAAGAAUGGUUCCACUAACAAUACGUUUGGGGUCGACGGCAGUUUUCGGAAGCUAGAUUUCGACUAG